AUGUCAGACAUGAAGGUCAUCAACACCAAAAAGGCUGUGCAGCCUGUUGGACCAUACUCCCAAGCCAUCCACGCCGGACCACACAUCUUCGUCUCCGGCCAGAUCCCCGCAGAUGCCUCUGGUAAGCUCACCGAGGGCUCGAUAGCCGACAAGACCGCCGCAUGCUGCGAGGGACUGAAGGCUAUCCUGGCGGAGGCUGGAAGUGAUAUCUCGAAAUGCGUCAAGGUUACCGUCUUCCUGACAUCUAUGGAGAACUUCGCGGAGAUGAACGGCGUGUAUGAGAAGUACUUCACGCAUAAGCCAGCGAGGUCCUGCGUGGCGGUCAAGGAAUUGCCUAAAGGUGUGCCAGUGGAGAUCGAGGCUAUUGCCUUGAGCAGCUAA